AUGGGUGAAUGUGAGCCUCUUGCUUCUGCUGCUGCCCCUGCCUCUCCUAUGUUAGAGGGGGAGGAAAACUUAAUUGCUGCAGCUCAGAACAUAGUAAAAGCUUUAGAGACAAACAAGAAUUUAACUUUUGAUGCCAGGAAAAUCUUGGCAGAUCUUGGUAGCCAGCUAUCUAGUAUAGCAAGAGUCAGCGAAAAUGGGGAAGAAGAGGAAGAAGAUGAUGGGGAGAGGCUGGAUGAAGUUGAGGAGCAGCUAAAUAGAGUGCAGGAUAAGAUUAUGAAAUGGGAGGAAAAUCAAGCUAAUAUUUGGGAUUGUGGUCCUGAUGAAGCUUGUGAAUAUCUGAAGGCCGUCGAGGAUACUCGUAAGCUGAUUGAGAGCUUGGAAAGUAUGAAUAUUGCCAAAGAUAGCAGGGAAGAUGGCUUUCUGCAAAGGGCUCAUGAUGUUCUUCAUACUGGGAUGGUUAGGCUUGAGGAUGAGUUCAAGCAUCUACUUGUUCAGAACAGGCAACCUUUUGAGCCUGAGCACAUGUCCUUCCGUUCCAGUGAAGACGAGAUACUGGAUGAUCGCUCAGUUAUGUCCUUUGGGGAUGAAUCGGUCGAGGAUUCACUGCCCAGGGAUAGUCUCAGCAGAGCACCAGAGGAUUAUAUUAUUGAAUUGGUGCAUCCUGAUGCGAUACCUGAUCUCAAAUCCAUUGCCAUUCUGAUGUUUGAUUCAGGGUAUGGACCUGAGUGUUCUCAAGCAUAUGUUGGUAUCCGGAAGGAUGCCCUUGAUGAUUACCUCUUCACCCUUGUGGACAAAUUGAGCGUUGAGGAUGUAAUGAAGAUGGAAUGGAACUCAUUGAACUCCAAAAUCAGGAGAUGGGUCCGGGCAAUGAAGGUUUUUGUUCGAGUUUAUCUUGCCAGCGAAAAAUGGCUGUGUGAUCAGAUAUUUGGGGAGCUUGAUACAGUUAGUUCAGGAUGUUUUACUGAAUCAUCUAAGGCUUCAGUAUUGCAACUGCUGAAUUUCGGUGAUGCGGUAGCUAUUGGUCCCCAUCAACCAGAGAAGUUGUUUCGGAUUCUUGAUAUGUAUGAGGUUCUUGCUGAUCUUAUUCCUGAUAUCGAUGCAUUAUAUCUUGGUGAUGAUGAUUCAAGCAUUAGAAUGGAGUGCCAAGACGUCUUGGGGAGGUUGGGUGACUGUGCAAAGGCAACCUUUCUUGAAUUCGAGAAUGCUGUGGCAGCAAACAUCUCAGCUACUGCUUUUCCUGGUGGUGGAAUCCACCACCUUACAAGAUAUGUUAUGAAUUACAUUAAAUUUCUUGCAGACUAUUGCACUACUCUUGAUGUGCUCUUGAAGGACAAUGACAAAGCCGGCCAAGUUUCACCUUCACCAGAUACAAGCCCAGUGAGCGACGAAGAUAACACUAGCAGUGACGGCUCUUAUGUUCCAUCCCCUGUGACAUUACAUUUUCGAUCUCUCCUGUCAAUCUUGGAGUGCAACCUCGACGACAAGUCCAGGUUAUACAAGGAUGAUUCGCUGGGGCACCUUUUCCUCAUGAACAACAUCCAUUACAUGGCUGAAAAAACAAAGGGGUCUGACAAGCUGAGAACAAUAUUAGGCGAUGGAUGGAUUCGCAAGCAUAACUGGAAAUUCCAGCAACAUGCCAUGAACUAUGAGAGGGCGACAUGGAGUUCAAUCCUUUCUUUACUCCGGGAUGAAGGCAUACAAAACCCUGGCUCGAAUUCUGUUUCCAAGACUCUCCUCAAAGAGAAACUGCAGAGCUUUUAUCUAGCUUUUGAGGAGGUGUACAAGAGCCAGACAGGAUGGUCAAUUCCAGACGGUCAGCUUCGUGAAGAUCUUCGGAUCUCAAUAUCGCUCAAGGUAAUACAGGCGUAUAGAACAUUUGUGGGAAGACACACCAGCUACAUUAGUGAAAAGCAUAUAAAAUACAAUGCUGAUGACUUAGAAGAUCUUAUCUUGGAUUUCUUUGAAGGAUCCCCUAAAUCGUUACACGGGUCUCAUAGGAAAUGA